GGACAGGGAAUUUCCCUUAAGUUGGUUGUCUAUGCCUGUGCAUUUGUUAAUCGAUUAGUUUAUAGCCAUAUGCACCUUUGUGUGCAGUACAAACUCCUGACUCAGACGUAGCCGUCCUUUUUCUCAUCGUUUCUACUCGCUGGAACGCCGACAAUGACCGCACUGCCAUUGGUGGUAAGGUCUCCACACCUCCUAGGUGGGGAGCCACAUGCUCAAAUUCAUGAGGAGCCUCGGCAAAGGGGCAUGAGAUUUCGAUAUAAAUGUGAAGGCCGAUCAGCAGGUAGCAUACCAGGAGAGCGCAGCACAGACAACAACAGAUCAUACCCCAGCAUACAGAUUCAGAAUUACUUUGGUAAAGGCAAAGUCAGAGUUUCACUUGUGACUAAAAAUGAGCCCUAUAGACCACAUCCACAUGAUUUGGUUGGGAAAGACUGCAAAGAUGGAUACUAUGAAGCUGAGUUUGGACCAGACCGCACAAUCAUUUCUUUCCAGAAUCUUGGCAUUCAGUGUGUGCGAAGGAGAGAGGUUAAGGAUGCUAUUGAGUCACGAAUAAAAAAAUGCAUCAACCCAUUUAAUGUACCACGAGAACAGCUUUUGCAAAUUGAAGAGUAUGACUUGAACGUUGUAAGACUCUGCUUCCAGGUGUUCCUUCUUGAUGAACAUGGCCAUUACACAAGACCUCUUUGUCCUAUCAUCUCUAACCCAAUCUAUGACAACAGUAAGUCUACAACACUUUAUCAUCAGGUUAGCUGUUAGUAUAAUAUUUAUGUG